AUGGUGAGUAUACCCAGCUCUACCAGUAAAGCUCAGACUCUAACUCGACGCCUGACGCUUCCCUUUAGUCGCGACGUUACGACACAAGGACUACUAUAUUCUCCCCAGAAGGUGCACAAGGUGUACGACACCGCUGCUGAAAUAUUUUUGUUCUCCGCUCGCCCAGGUCGACUGUACCAGGUGGAGUAUGCGAUAGAGGCCAUCAACCACGCGGGGACGUGUCUGGGUAUACUGGCUUCUGACGGAGUCCUGCUUGCGGCUGAAAGAAAGAACAUCAACAAGCUCCUGGACGAUGUCGUCUUCUCUGAAAAGAUUUACAAACUUGACGAGAAUGUGGCGUGCAGUGUGGCUGGAAUCACAUCCGAUGCAAACAUCCUCACUAGCCACCUGCGCGGCAUGGCUCAGCAGUAUCGCUACCGCUACCAGGAACCUAUGCCCUCCAUUUCUCUGCUGAAACAAGAGUACAAAGAAGAUCCUCCGACGCUAGACGAAGCGCUCGACCUGGCGGUAAAAGUCCUCUACAAGACCUUGGAUAGCACAAAGUUCACCUCUGAGAAAGUUGAGAUUGCGACUCUGACAAGAGUAGGCGAGGGAGAAGGAGGGAGAACAAAGAUUGCGGUGUUGCCUGGUGCUGAUGUGGACGCCAGAAUCAAGGUCUUCUUCAAGAGAGAGGAGGAGAGGAAGAAAGAGGAGAAGGCGAAGGAGGCAGAGAGGGCCAAAGCAGCUGCCGCAGCCUCAAAGACAACCGCUUCAUGA